AUGCUGCUUGACUCUCCACUUGUCUGUCUACGAACACUCUUCCUGCCCGUCUUUCUGUUUUUUCUGCUAUACAUUGAGCAUUCAUUCUAUCGUUUAUUCCUCGAGCCUAAUUUGAUUGGGUUAUUCAUUGCGUUUCCGAUAUUCCCACCAGUGACUCAUACAACACGAUCUUUACCAGGGUCGUUCGCGGAACCUCCCUGUCCCACAAUUGACAUUCUUGAGGGCAACACUAUGUUCCCUUCUCAGACUAACAAUAUAGAUAUAGAAGCCUUGAGCGGUAUAUGUGGCUCGAUUUCUAUUGCAUGUUGGGUCGUCGUCUUCUCCCCGCAAAUCAUUGAGAAUUUCCGCCGUGGCUCGGCAGAAGGACUAUCGCUGCUCUUUCUUAUCAUCUGGCUGGCUGGAGAUGUAUUCAACGUUCUCGGUGCUGUCAUGCAGGGCGUCCUGCCGACGAUGACGAUCCUAGCCGUAUACUAUACCCUGGCCGAUAUCGUGCUGCUGGUUCAAUGCUUCUAUUACAGGGGCCUUAAGCUAAAAGAUGACGUCCCGGAACGGGGAAAUGGGGCAUUCGAUGUUCAUGAUUCAAGGAAGGCAACAGCAACAGAACGAACGGCUUUACUGGCUGCGGCUGAACACAACGGAUACCAUUCUCAACAGCCAAGCGAUGCUGUCGACCAUGCUGCCUCUUCAUCCGUACACCCUUCAUCUCCUCAACAUCCGUCUGAUCACAGAAGACAUUCCGCGGCUUCUUUCUUGCACCCGUCCGUCGACGGAACCCAUCUAUCUCCUGCAACACCUUUCAUUGAGCCAUCAGUCAAACCAGCCCGGCCUCCCCCGCGCGUGUCCACCCUACAGGCUGUCUUCUUCAAAACAACUGCCAUAUUCCUCGUCUGCACCGCCGGUGUCGUGGGCUGGUACAUCAGCUCGCGCACGAAGCGCCAUCCGAUUCACGAACCAGAACCCGGUAAAGGCGUGAAUACGCCGCCUAAGAUGGACCUCCUAGGCCAGGUCUUCGGCUACCUCUGCGCAGUCUUGUACCUUGGCUCUCGACUUCCCCAGAUCCUGCUGAAUUUCCAGCGAAAGUCCACCGAUGGCGUCUCGCUACUCUUCUUUCUUUUCGCGUGCAUCGGAAACCUGACCUACGUGUUGUCUAUCCUGGCUUAUUCUCCUGUGUGUGAGAAGGGAAAAGCCCAUUGCCGACCCGGCGAGGCAGCUGAGCUGUAUGGGUGGUAUGUGCUGGUCAAUCUUUCAUGGCUGGUAGGGAGUCUCGGGACUUUGUUGUUGGAUAUGAUAAUCUUCGCGCAGUUCUUCCUGUAUCGGGAAAACUAUGGUGAGAGUGAUCUGGAGGAGAGUUCAAGGGGGUAA